AUGGCGGACAUGGACACUUACGGAGAUGACCAGCGCGGCUACGAAGAUGAUCGUGAUCGUGACUACGGACGCGACCGCUCUCGCUCGCCUGGCCCCGAUCGUGACGGCGACACGAGGAUCCGCGACGAGCCCUUGAACGGCCGUGCUGAACGUGACCACGGAGGCGAUAAGAACAGCGGGGAUGACGCGACAAACCCCGGCUCGAAUCUCUUCGUCACUGGCAUUCAUCCCCGUCUCAGCGAAGAGGAGGUCACGCGUCUGUUCGAGAAGUACGGCGUGGUGGAGAAGUGCAACAUCAUGAAGGAUCCGCACACUCGUGACAGCCGUGGCUUUGGCUUCGUGAAGAUGACCACGUCUGACGAAGCUGACGCGGCCAAGGACGGAUUGCAGGGAGUCGUGUACGAGGGCAGGACGCUGAGUAUCGAGAAGGCGCGCAGGGCUCGGCCUCGCACUCCGACCCCCGGCAAGUACUUCGGUCCGCCCAAGAGAGAUGACCGCCCCGCGCGUACUGGUGGCUACAGAGACCGCUACGAUGAUCGUGGAUACGGAGGCAGGCGCGACGAACCUCGCCGUGGUGGAGGUGGAGGGUAUCGUGACCGCUACGACGACCGCGGGUACGGCGGCGGACGCCGUGACGACUACUCUCGCUCGGACCGCUACCGCGAUGACCGCCCGGGCGAUCGUGGUGAUCGUCGUGGCGGUGGUGGCGGCGGAUACGGCGGAGUAUACGACCGGCCCCCAAGAGGCCCACCGGCCGAGCCAGGUUACGGCGCUCCUCGCGACGCUCCUCGUGACGCUCCUCCCCCGCGCGACUACGAAGACCGUCCUCGUCGCUACGACUAA